AUGGUGGCCGUCGAGAAGGCAAAUGCGUUUUAUGGGAACUGCAAAGCGCUGCGUGCCGAGAAUUUCAACUCCGACCUGAAGAAGUACGUCUUCUGGUUGGGCGAGGUACCGCUGAUCCGGCAGAAGCUGAUGGAGGGAUUGAGUAUGCCGACAAUCACCAGAACUGUCCUCAUGACGACCCUAAAUGCCUUCGUUUUGCUCCCUCCCCCUGACACACGCCCACCAAAUACCUUCCUACGCGUCGAGGCCACCAUUGGGCCAAAGAUUAAGCUUGCGUUCAACGAGCCGGCGCCCAUUUUUUUCGGCGGUCUGGACAACAAGGCGGACAUCAAGGCCGAGGUGGAAAAGGCCGUAGCUUCCCUGGAACCUCUCGGGUUCACCAUCAGCGAGUACACCCGUGAGGAUAAUAUUCCCGGUCUUGUGGCUCUCUACAUGAAGCUGCAUGAGGUGUUCACCAAGAAGCUCCAGAACAACGAAGCUACCUAUACGAUCGGCCAAUUACAGGAGAUGGCGCCGAUGUACGACUGGCUGUACUUUAUCAGUUGGCAUCUGCCAAACUACGAGCUGCAGAUUAUCCGCCAGACGCAGAUUACGUUCACGCAGGAGUACGAUUUGGCAGCCCUGUCCAAAGUCUUGGUUGACUUUCCACGUAGCGACGUCCAGAACUUCUUCUUUUUGAACUGGGCCCGCCAUCUAAAGGAGCGAUUCGACACUCGUGCUAAGAUCGGAUGCGAAAAACGACUCCUCUUCUACUUCACAAAACUCACUGAACACCUCGCCAUCGACACGAUCAGAUUCAGAAGUGAUGUUGAAGACGUGAAGGUUCUGGGCCAGGAGAUGCGCGAGGGUUUCCAGCGAGUGUUCGACGAGAACACGUGGCUGGAUGCGGAGACGAAGGCCCAGCUAAAGAAACGCCUCGACGACCUCAAGGAGUUUUAUGGGUACAAUGAGCAUGCGCUGGAUCGGAAUACAAUCGAGGGAUUCUACGAGACGCUCCCGAUCCCCGAGGAAUGGAACCUUCUGACGAUGAUGCAAUUCGAAGAGAGUGCUGCGUGGUUCGUCAUGCAUAUGGACCUGAAAAGCAUCUUCGGCCUGGAGGCGGCUAUGCCCUUCAAAGCCGCGAAUUGGGACAACAAGCUGAUUGUUGUUUCCCUUGGCAUGAUCGGCGCUCCGUUGUACAACCCGAACUGGCCGCUCGAGUUCCAGUACGGCGGGCUCGGUCUGAUCAUCGUACACGAAAUGACGCACUCGUUCGAGGAUCGAAGCGAUCUACCACCGGGCAAUGUUGGCAACGACACCGACGAGUUCUUGGAAAAAACCAAGUGCUUCGAAGACCAAUUCGGGAACAUCAUCUACGAGAACCCACGCUUCAACAUCACCGCCAAGGCCAACGGUCAAAAGCAACGCUUUGAAGCUCUCCCCGACAACAAUGGCAUCCGCAUCGCUUCACGGGCCUACCUUGAGAAACGCCAGAAGCUCUACGGCCGGAACCCACCGAAAUUGCCUGGCCUUCAGGAGUUCACCAAUGAUCAGCUGUUCUACUUGGCGGUCGGCCAGAUGUAUUGCGGGCGCCAGCCGACGAUCUAUCCGAAUCAGACCCCAGCAGAACGUGCCUGGCUUGACGCUCAACACCCGGUGCCAAAUGUUCGCCUUAACGGGCUCUUACAAAAUUUCAAACCGUUCGCAACGGCCUUCAAGUGCAAGCUGAAUUCAACGAUGAACCCGAUGCGCGAAUGCCGCGUCUACCGCCACCGUAUCCAC